GCCAAGUCUUAUCACUAAAAGCCUACAAUUCUAUAUUCAGAAUGUAUGUAAAGUGUAGGUAUAUAGAACCAGUCCUAAUAUUUUAGUAGGUAGAUUAUCUCAAGUACUUGCGUGAGUUUUUUUCUUGGUUUCUGUCGGAUUUUCGAGUGAUUUUUUUAAUCUUGCUGCCAAUAUAAAUAGGAAUUAUUUCAUCAAGAAUUAGUUUGUCAAAAACCUGAUGGAGAGAAUGAGAGUACCAAUGAUCAAUUUUCUUGCUAGACCGGCAAUUCCAAUAUUUUUGGCGGGAAUUCUUGUGGGUCUCACUAUUGGAGUUUCCAUACUUCUAAUGCAAACAGACCAAUAUAACUUUUAUUAUUACGACAAUUCCAAAAAUCCAAUUCCAUAUUUUGACUUUGUGGGGGAUCACUCCAACAAUGACACUCAUCAUCGUAUGUUAGACACUUCAAUGGCAGACGAAAUGUUUCAGAAAGUGAGAAUUUUAUGUUGGAUAAUGACAGGUCCAGCGAAUCACUUCAAGAAAGCUAUUCACGUCAAGGCUACUUGGGGUAAACGUUGCAAUAAAUUGAUAUUCAUGAGCUCCGAGGCAGAUCCACUCUUGCCCAGCGUUGCUUUGCCUGUUAGGGAAGAUAGACCACAUUUAUGGGGAAAAACUAAAGAAGCAAUGAAAUAUGUUUACAAUCGUUAUUAUGAUCAAUAUGAUUGGUUUUUCAAAGCUGAUGAUGAUACUUACACAGUUAUGGAAAAUAUGAGAUACAUGCUAUAUUAUGCAAAUUCAUCAGAUCCAAUUUAUUAUGGAUGCAGAAUGAAAUCGCCCCCUAACAAUAUGGAUUUUAUGAGCGGCGGAGCCGGAUAUAUUUUAAGUAAAGAAGCGCUUCGUAGAUUUGUUGAGGAUGCUCUACCAAACAGACAUAUUUGUCGUUCGAAAGAUACUGGCGAUGAAGACGUGGAAAUUUCAAAAUGUCUUCAAGCAGUCGGGGUUGAAUUAGGCGAUUCUUUAGAUAACGAAAACAGAAAUCGAUUUACACCUGUAUUUGUUAAUGAUAUGUUGAUACCUGGAAUUCUCAAUGACGUUAAAUGGUUCACGGAUAUGAUGUAUCAUCCAUAUAACAUGGGAUUGACAUGUUGCUCGGAUAACCUGAUAUCUACGCAUUACGUAACGCCACAUCAAAUGUACCUUCUAGAAUAUCUCAUAUACCAUGUAACCCCGUUUGGACGUGCCUAUAAUCCCAAGCUGGAAAAAAAUAAGGAGAUUAUGAAAAAAGAAGUUAAUACUAACAAUUUCAGCAUGCUUGAGGUCAAGCAAGUACAAACCACAGAAAAUGACGCGCACAUUGCGGAUUUUAUCAACAAAACUGAAAGCCAAGAAAGAGAAAUUGCUGACCUCAAGACCACCAAAUUAGAAAACCAAAUGCAAAAUUUAAUAAUCAAUUUCAAAAACCAGCAUCUUAAACUCAAUGAAGCCAUCAGCACCAGUGAAGUAGAACAAAAGUACAUAGAAGAUCUUACUAAAGUCAAUUCUGAACUAAAAUUCAAAAUAAAUAACAAUCAAAAUACAAAUCAAACAUCAAACAAUAUAAAAAAAAAUGCCAAAAGACCAAAACUUGGCCCAAAUUCCUCGUCAUCAGCGUCAGAAGUAGAGGUUCACGAAAGCCCUCAACCCCAAAACGAGGUUUUAGAGGAAAACGGAAACGCCAAUUUUCCCGAAUUACUGAACAAUACCAAUAAUAAGCCCCUAAAUAUGCCACACAGUAACCUUUCAAUAAAACUAAAACAAAAACAACAGCAAGCCCAUACAUCACAUCACAACAAAGUGAGCAGCCAAAAUCGGAUAGAAUUCCUCCAAUUAUUAUCAGAGAACCAAAAAACUGGAUUCAAAUCCACAACCUGCCCAAAGAAAACAACAUAG